AUGACUCCCGCAUUGGCUGUGGAAAGAUCCGCUUGCGACUUGUGCCAUACUCGGAAGGUAAAAUGCGAUCGCUUGGAUCCUUGUAUGAACUGUGUCGAUGCCCGGGCAGAAUGCCGGCGUACGCGUCCCAGGCGCAGUAUGCGGCCGAGGAUUUCCCGAAUCUCAGGGCUCUCGGACCGCAUAUCAUCUCUCGAGCAGUUCAUCUCCAACCCCCAGAACGCCGUCCCGCCCUCCGCACCCGCCUCCGUGAUCAGCUCCAGCCACGGUCAAGACAGAUCGAGGAGUACCAACCCCUCGGAGCACGGGCAGAAUGUGUCUGGCCAUGCUCAGGUCUCUGGGACUGGCAGCGUGAAGCGGAAAUUCGAAGACGCAGAGGCCACGGUCGACCAAUCUGCCGAACCACCCACCACCAGAGUGCCCCCGAUGCAUCGAGCGUUUGAGGCCCGGCAGUUCAUCCAGGGGGAGCUCCAGCACAGCGACCACAUCCCCCUGGAUCGUCGUACCGUGUUCGAACAAGCCCUGUCGCUGGUCGACAGGAUCUCUGCUUCCUCUUCCGAGCCGAGACCGGCGAGUGCGGACGAAAAGAACGCGGAGAAUGAAGAGGUGCUGGAACCUCAGAAGUUCUCGUUGGAGGUAUACUAUAUGAUGGCAACGGACAUGGCCCAUCAGCACUCCCCUGGAAAGCACUUCCACUGGCCGGAUCACAUCUCGGUCCAAGGGUUGGAACACAUGAGCCUGUCCAUCGCGGAGGGACGACUGGAUCGACAGACCUCGCUGCAUUAUCAGGUCUGCGUGUUCACGAAAGCCUUGUUUUACAUGACCCGGGUGCCUAAACACCAUCUUUCGGAGCGGUUGCGGAUGCAUCUCAAGCGAUCCCAGCAGAGAUACGCCUUGGCGGCGUCCCGGGCCUUGGAUGAGAUCAACUUCGUCGGCUCGAACUCUAUAUCCCUGGUUCAAGCACUGCUUUCUGGGGCCCUAUUCCACCAAAUGCAAGGCAACCCCAUCAAAGGCUGGACAUUAACCGCCAUCGCCUCGCAAAUCCUCGUAUCCAUGAACUACCACAACAUCAAACCCAACACGACUGCCCAGAGUGAUGAAGACCAGGAUGCCCGACGCUGUGUCUUCUCGUGUUUUUUCCUCGACAAAGCGCUUAGCAUGCUACUCCUCCGCCCCCCCUCCCUCCCACGACUCAAAGUCAGCCCCGCGUCCCUGGUUCCCCUCGAACACGGCGUCCCGCUCGGUCUGAUCGUGAAAACGGUGGUCGAGCUCGCCCAAAUCCAGGACCAGGCGAUGGAGAUCUACCACCAUGGUCAGGGCCCGGAAGAUGCAGGCGAACAGGCUGCGAAGCUGAGUUCGCUGGCAAGGGAAAUGGUUUCGUUGCAUGCAACUAUUACCGAGAGACGCGUCAGUUCCAAACAAGGCCUCCAACUGGAAUGGACCGCCGUCGAAUUCCGCUUCCAGGCCGUCCUGACCACCCUCAUCCACCUCAAAUCGCAAGCCCUCGGCGGCGCCCAAGUCCGCGACGAAUGUCUCUUUCACGCGCGAAAUGCCCUGGGAGCGUUAGGCCGGCUGCAGAAGACCCUUAAUGACGACCACGCGUUUGUAGGCGUCUAUCCAUUUUUUCUGUCGUGGACCGUCCUCUUCUACCCCAUGACCCCAUUCUACAUCCUCUUCUGCAACGUAGUCUGCACCUCCAACCCGCAUGACUUCCACCUGAUGUCGGAAACAACCCAGGGCCUGUACCAAUUCAUCGAGUCGAACCCCGCCAUCGCAAAGCUGCACCAUCUGUUUACCACCUUCUUGACACUGUGUAGUCCGCUUGUUCAGAGUCAGAGUCAGAAUUAUAGUCAUGAGGCGGAGAUGUCAUCGGAGACGAUGUCGUGGUGGAAUAGCACGCAGAUGUGGGAGCUGUUUGGGACACAGCCGUCGUUUGAAUGGGUGGAUUCGGAUUUGUUGGUUGGGGGGGUCGGGGACGGGGGGUGA